AUGGAGGCCCUCUGUCGUUCGAUGCGUACCCCCCCGCCUCGAUGCGUACACCCGCUCGCCAUCCUUGUUUUUCCUCUUCUGUUCGGAUCCAAAAAAAACCUAGCCUCAUCACCGUCCUGGUGCUCGCCUCCGACCGAGGCCACGGCCGACGACGCCGUGCUGCAGCGGUUUGCGCUGGCGCCCGCCGACCCGGCGUCUAACUCCACCAUCUCCUUCAACGUCACCGCCACGUUGUCGCUCCGGAACCCCAACAUGUACCGGGCCAUCGAGUACGGCGCGCUCGGCGUGACCUUCUCCUUCAACGGCACCCGCUUCGACGACUCUGCGUCCGUGCCGGGGUUCAAGCACAAGGCGCGGAAGACGGCGACACGGAGCGUGAGAGUCGGCGGCGUGGGCAAGCCCAUCAAGCUGACCAGGCCCGGGGUGGGUGAGUUCCGGGCGGAGAACGACACGGGCAGCUUCGGCGUGGAGAUGCGGCUGGACACGAUGCUCCAGUACAAGGGCCGGUCCCACCCCACCUUCACGCCUCCUCGCGUCGUCGCAACCGCAGAUCUGGCCAACGGCCCCCGACCGAUCGACCCCCCUCCCCCUCGGCGCGGCGAGGCGUAG